AUGAAGCCCGUCGUCAGCGCCAUGCACGCAUGGUCAUGCACCGUCAUCUCAGUGUUCGCCAUCAUCAUCCUCACCGUCCUCGGCAUACUCUUCCGCUCCGGCCACGAAGAGUUUGUCGGCGGCCGAGACGACCCGACCGAUGGCAAGGCCGUCUCCGGGACCAUCUUUACCGCCGUCAUCGUAUACGGCGCAUUCCUCGUAUUCUGCGGCUUCCAAGGGAUGCUCCACGUCCGGGAGAACCGAAGGGGCGCCAUCGCCUUGUAG